UGGAGGUUGAAUCAAUAGCCAAUAAGCGCGACCACUUUAAUGAAAUAUAAAUUUCGGGCAAAAAAAAGGCCCCUUUCCAUUAUCAGUAGUUUAGAGAUAUCACCCUUCACACAGAAACCACUUUCAAAACCAAGCAGCUUUUUUUUGGUUAACUCAUAUAUGUGACCAAACCCAUUUUGGGUUAAAUUUGUCAUCUGACUGAAGGACAGCUAUUUGUGAAAUGACUUUGACACCUGCCAAGAUCGUUUCUUAAGGCAGCACUGUGCUUUAUCGCCUAAGAUCAGAUGAUGUGCAUAAGUCAAGAUAUGUUGAAACUAGAAAGCGACACUAUCGACUCAUCCCCAUGUCAAAUUACAGUUUGGUUGGCUGCAGUUCUUGCGCUCGGAUUGGAGUUGUUCUCGGUGGGAGGGUGGAGUUGGGUGGGGGUCCGUUGCUGAUGCUGGGCAGAUUGCGUUUAUCUCCGCAUCUCUGCUCCGCUACCCUUAAUGCUGCCACUGGAUGGCUGCGCGUCUCGGUUCGACGGGAGAUAUCAUAUAUUGAGUGCUUCAUUUGAUUUCAGAAAAGAAGAAAGCAAACAAACAUGACAGACAGUACCACUUCUGAUCCGUGCCCUGUUCCCAAUCCGACUAUUGUGGACCCGUCGGCUGUACGAAACGGACAAUGCGCCGUUGCCCAGGAUCCGAACCUACCCAAAAGAGGGAGCCAGGACGAUCCUUUCAAUGUGGACCGGGACCAGGAGAUGAAAAUCACAGAUAGCGUUGAGGGCCAAGGCCUCUUGGAGAGCAGCAUGCGCCUGAAGCCUCAUGAAGCUCAGAGUUACAGGAAGAAAGCUUUGUGGGUGUCAUGGAUCUCCAUUGUGGUGACGCUCAUCCUGGCUGUGGCAGGCUUCACUGUAUCCUUCAUGAGACACAGUGCAUCAGCUUUUGGGUUUGCCUUUGACGCGACGUUAGAUGUUCUUUCCUCCAUUAUAGUGCUGUGGCGCUAUAGCAACGCGGCAGCGGUUCACUCUGCCCAUAGAGAAUACAUAGCAUGUGUGAUCCUGGGAGUGAUUUUCAUCUUGUCGUCUAUGUGUAUCUUGGGGAAGGCGAUCCAUGAUCUGGCCACCAAACUUCUUCCUGAAGUGGACGACUUCCUGUUCAGCGUUUCUAUCGUCAGUGGCAUCAUGUGUACCAUUCUUGCUGUUGCCAAGUUCAUGCUGGGAAGGAUUUUGACCAGCAGGGCCCUAAUCACUGAUGGCUUUAAUUCUAUGGUUGGAGGCGUCAUGGGGUUUUCCAUCCUCAUCAGUGCUGAGGUGUUUAGAAAUCAUCCCACCAUCUGGUACCUGGACGGAACCACUGGGGUCCUGAUUGGACUCAUCAUUCUAGCUUAUGGGGUCAAGCUGUUGAUCGACAUGGUACCACGAGUAAGACAAACUCGAAACUAUGAGCGCUUUGAAUAAUGCUGGUUUAGAAGAACAAAAAAGGCAUCAUAUGGAUCCAGUUAUCCCUCUUAGCUCCUGCUGCUCUCUCGACUCAAAUGAUACCCAAAUACAUCCAGGAAUGAUGUCUGCUGGCAGCCAGUUCAGCAUCAUGUAUUGUAGAAUCCCCACUCCGACCAGAUCCUGAUGUCCUCUUUCACUCAGCACAACAUUUAACAGAAGGAAGGAGGAAGAAGAAUGAGCUGGUCAGUGGAUCGGUGUCAUUCCUGGCACUCAAGAUAUCAUCUUGGAUGGAGUCACUGGUUUUAAGCAGAGAUCAGCAUUUACUGGUCACAUCCAUGAAAUUCUACAAUGCCACAUUUUAUGUUUUUUUUUUUCGUUCUUUCUCUUAAAUUAUGGAGGAAAACAUGAAUUUAUACUAUAUUAUUAUACUCUGUUUAAUGAAAAAUCACGUGAAUGUGUAUUUGAAACCACAUGCCUAUAAUUCGUUUAGGUCAGUUUUAGAGAUCAUCCUUCUGUUACAUCAUGUCAUCCCACCUGUUGUCCUCCAAAAUGAUUUAAUUAUACUGUAUGUUUAUAUUUUAGAGUAUAAUAGAGCUAGAGACCAGCAGUGUAGACGUAACACUCGUUUCAGUAAAGAAAGCACACAGAAAUGUACUGUAUUAGGCACAAUUACACUAAAGGUUAAAGACCACAGUUCAGGGUCAGUAAGAUAAUUAUGAAAUAUCCAUAUUGAAAAAUAGCUUCAGAAUUGACAGAAAUGGCCCAUAAUCCAUUAGUAAUCUUUUCAUACACGUUGAGAUCUUAUGAAUCAAUAGUCAAAAUGACUAAUCAGCACAAACCCCCUCAAAAUUAUAGAUGUAAGGGUUCUUGAAAGGUUAUAGCUUCCUGAUGUUGAACCAUUUCUAGCACCACAACCAGGAAAAAGACACAAACUGAAUUACAGAAAAAUUCCUGAGUCCUUUACUACUUGUCUUUUUUGCUUGAUCUGCAUACUUUGCAAUUCAAUGCAAAAUAUCUCAAUUAAUGUUUUUGCAGCACUGUUGUAUUUAUUUUAAGCAAUCAAUUAAUCUGACCUUUGCCGUGCGAUGAUCCACUGUGUUUUGCCCGUGAUUUCUGUGGCAUGCAUUGCUUUGCUGUUUGCCACUUGCUAAUGAAUUUAUCAGAUAUUCUUUUCGUGCCAAGACUGAAUGAGAUUAGAAUGGCCUGAAGUAUCGUCUGACGUAGAAAUGAUUGAUUUGGGCUCCAGCAGACAGAAUGAAUUAUUGUUGUAUUAUGGAGGGUCUGUGAGGCAGGGCAGCUUAUUCCACAAUAAAGAGCGAAUCGUUGGAAAAACAAAGCACAUUUUAGUUUCAUACGAUACUGUAACAAAACUAAUCUAUAAUAUAAUGAGUUUUUCACCUUUCAUUUGUUUCUCCACGGAGACAUUAAUCCAAAUCUUUUUAAUUUUUGACCUACAAAUCUACACUGCUGUUCAAAAGCUUUGGGGUCAGUAAGAUUUUGUGUGAGUGUUUAAAAUAACAAUAACAAUAAUAAAAAACAAAACAAAAACAUAAAAGUACUUUUAUUUAGAUGCACUAAUUUGAUCAAAAUAACAAAAGUUGUUAUUAUUUUUAUUUUUUUUGUAAAUGCUUUUCUUUUGAACUUUCUAUUCAUCAAAGGGUCCUGGAAAAUGAAUGACAGUUUUCACAAAAAUAUUAAGCAGAAAAACUUUUCAACACUGAAAAUAGUAAUAAUAAUACUACUACUAAUAAUAAUAAUAAAUGUUAGAAUGUCAGUAUAUUAGAGUGAUUUCUGAAGGAUCAUGUGACACUGAAGACUGGAGUAAUGAUGUUGAAAAUUCAGCGUAAUGUUUAAAUAGAAAACAGUUAUUUUAAAUGGUAAUAAUAAUUUACAGUAUUACAGUUUUUACUGCAUUUGUGAUCAAAUAUAUUCAGCCUAAAUUUAAAAACAUUAAAAAUUCUUACCCACCCCAACCUUGUGAAUAGUAGUGUAUUUUAAAUUCCUUUUAUCCAUAUGUGUAAAAUAAAAACGCGUAUUAAUUUGAAUUAACAUGAAUUAUUAAUUAACACAUUUUACACGACUCCCGAAGCACAGAGAUAUGUUUUUAAAUGUAAUGCUUUCUUACAAAAUGCAGUUUGUCACUGACAAUUCCAAGUACACCAACUAUCAUUCUCACAGGUUUUUUCUUAUUUGUAUUAAUUAUUUUAUUUUUUAUAGUCUCAAAUAAUUAGGAUAUAAAUGUAACUGAAUGUAAAAGACUGUGAUAAGUUCACAGCUCAGCUGCUGCACACCUACUGAUGUACAGGGGCGCCGUAACGGGGGUGUUGGGGGGGUUAGGAUGAAUCCAAGGGGCCCACGAGGGAGAGGGGGUCCAGAAACCACAGUGGCGCUCCUGCUGAUGCAUGCAUCUCCCCGAUAUUACCAGACAAUCACGAGUCAAACAAUAACAGCAGCACAGACUCCCAAAGCCUUUUGUCUACUGCUCAAUGUGAUCUCAUCUGAAGAGGGAAACUUUAAAGCAGAACAUUUCAUAUUUAUGAUCCUUCAAUAAUCAUAACAAUGUUGUUUUUAUUUAUUACUGAUUUGUGCUCAGGUGAUGCCAUUGGAGUGUUUGUGUCACAAUAAAAUAGCAUCAUUUCAUGUACGUAUCAGUGCAUUAUAACCUGAAUAUUUUUUUCAAAUUCAGUGUUCCAUAAUCCUAUAUAAACUGUACUGACUAGACUGUAUAUGUAUAGACUGCCCACGGUAACUGAUAUUUCAAUGUGCCGAAUUAAUGCUGUAUUAUUUUUUACAAAAUCUGGUAUUGAGUACUUGUAUUAUUCAGAUGUCAGGUCACAACUGCCAGACAGGCAGGUUGUUUGUUAUGAGUCAGUUGCUUUAUUCAUUCCUUUUCAUCAGGUAUAUUGUGCUAGUUUUGUAAAUCUAAGCAUGUGUUAGACUGUAAUGUACCACCAGCUGACACAUAGGAGAACAGCACUGUCUGUUCAUAGACUUCAGUGACUGUAGUUGCUUGUCCAAACAAUGGGUGAAAUUGUUACAUGUGCUUAGUUGAGGUUGUGACGAUUGUAAAAAUCAGUCUAUUCCAAAGACAAGCUGACAGCUGGAACCUGUUUUAGUUAGCUCAGGCUUGAAGUCUGUACUUAUGGUGUAGUUUAGUCUUAAGCAAUACUCACUGCUAGGCUUUGCAUGAAAAAACCACCACAUAUCUACAAAACGCUGCACAAACACUGUUACACAAGCACACGCAUGCACAAGCAAAUGCACAGGCAACACAUUUCUAAUGUCUGGCACAUAGACGAGGUUCUGAAUGUACAUUCAUUUCAAUAGUGAUACUGAUCUUUAUUUCUGUAGAACAUGUGAAAUAUGGCUUG